CCUCACUCCUCUGUCCCUCCACCUUCCCUGCACCAUGGGGCCCGCCUCAGGCCCCAGCCUGCUGCUGCUGCUCACCAGCCUGCCCCUGGCACUGGGGGACCCCAUGUUCUCCAUGAUCACCCCCAAUGUCCUGCGGCUGGAGAGUGAGGAGAAGGUACUGCUGGAGGCCCAUGACCUGGACAAUAACAUUGCAGUCACGGUCAGCGUCUACGACUUUCCGGCCAAGAAGCAAGUGCUGUUCAGUGAGAACACUGCUCUGACCAGAGACAAAGACCACUUGAGCACAGUCAGCAUCAAGAUCCCGGCCAGCAAGGAAUUAACAUCAGGGAAGGGGAAAAAAUUCGUGACUGUCCAGGCGGACUUCGGGGGCACUGUGGUGGAGAACAAUGUACUGGUCAGCUUUCAAAGUGGGUACCUCUUCAUCCAGACGGACAAGCCCAUCUACACCCCAGGCUCCACAGUCUACUACCGGAUCUUCACCGUCAACAAUGACCUACUGCCCGUGGGCCGGACCGUUAUCGUCACCAUCCAGACUCCUGACAAUAUUACCAUCAAGCAGGACUCCCUGUAUUCUCAGAACCAGGUUGGCAUCCUGUCCCAGUCUUGGAGCAUCCCGGAGCUGGUCAAUACAGGGCAGUGGAAGAUACAAGCCCACUAUGAAGAUGCCCCACAGCAGGUCUUCUCUACUGAGUUCGAGGUGAAGGAGUACGUGCUGCCCAGUUUUGAGGUCCAAGUGGAGCCUACAGAGAAAUUCUACUACAUUGAUGACCCACAGGGCCUGGAGGUCACCAUCACAGCCAGGUUCUUGUACGGGAAGAAUGUGGAUGGAAUAGCCUUCGUCAUCUUUGGGGUCCAGGAUGGUGACCAGAGGAUUUCGCUGCCCCAGUCCCUCACCCGUGUUCAGAUCAAUGACGGCACUGGGGAUGCCAGGCUGGAACGAAAGGUUCUGCUGGCCGGGGUAGAACCCUCCAGAGCAGAUGCCCUGGUGGGGAAGUCGUUGUACGUGUCCGUCACUGUUAUCUUGCACUCAGGCAGCGACAUGGUGGAGGCAGAGCGCAGCGGGAUCCCCAUCGUGACCUCCCCCUACCAGAUCCACUUCACCAAGACGUCCAAGUUCUUCAAACCAGGCAUGCCCUUUGACCUCAUGGUGUUCGUGACCAACCCCGAUGGCUCCCCAGCACGUAACGUCCCCGUGGAGACCCAGGACUCCAGUGCACGCUCCUUGACCCAGGCUGAUGGCGUGGCCAAGCUGAUCAUCAACACACCCAACAAACCAGUGUCCCUGCCCGUCACCGUGAGCACUAAGAAGGAAGGCAUCCCAGAGUCACGACAGGCCACCAGGACUAUGACCGCCCAGCCCUACAGAACCAUGGGCAGCUGCAGUAACUAUCUCCACCUGUCGGUGCCUCGCAUGGAGCUCAAGCCAGGGGAAGAUCUCAACGUCAACAUCCACCUGCGAAUUGACCCCACCACCACCCAGAAGAAAGAUCCUUACUACUACACCUACCUGAUCAUGAACAAAGGGAAGCUGUUGAAGGUUGGCCGACAGAAGCGUGAGCUUGGCCAGGAUGUGAUCGCACUGCCCCUGAUCAUCACUGCAGACUUCAUUCCUUCCUUCCGCCUGCUGGUUUAUUACACCUGCGUUAACAGCAAAGGCCAGAGGGAGGUGGUGGCCGAUUCCGUGUGGGUGGAUGUCAAGGACUCCUGUGUGGGCAAGCUGGUGGUGAAAGGCGGCAGGAAGGAAGAGAGGGUGCACCUACCUGGGCAGCAGAUGACCCUCAACAUCGAGGGUGACCAGGGGGCCCGAGUGGGGCUCGUGGCGGUGGACAAGGGGGUGUACGUGCUGAACAAGAAGAACAGGUUAACUCAGAGCAAGAUCUGGGACGUGGUGGAGAAGGCAGACAUCGGCUGCACCGCGGGCAGCGGGAAGGACUAUGCCGGCGUCUUCACGGACGCAGGGCUGGCCUUCAGGACCAACAAAGACCUGCAGACUCCGGACAGGACAGAGCUGGAGUGCCCCAAACCAGCUGCCCGGCGCCGUCGCUCCGUGAUGCUCAUGGAGAAGAGGAUGGACAAAGCGGGUCAGUACCCGAAGGAGGUGCGCAAGUGCUGUGAACACGGCAUGCGGGAGAACCCCAUGAAGUUCCCCUGCGAGCGCAGGGCCCGGUACAUCCAGCUCGGGGCCUCGUGCGUGAAGGCCUUCCUGGACUGUUGCAACUACAUCACCCAGCUGAGGCUCAACCACAGCCGCAGCGCCCACCUGGGGCUGGCCCGGAGUGAGUUGGAUGAGGAUAUAAUCCCAGAAGAGGAAAUCAUUUCCCGAAGCCAGUUCCCUGAGAGCUGGCUGUGGCGCAUGGAGGAACUCAAAGAACCCGCGAAAGAUGGAAUCUCCACAAAGACCAUAAAUAUAUUUUUGAAAGACUCCAUCACCACCUGGGAGAUUCUGGCCGUGAGUCUGUCGAACACAAAAGGGAUCUGUGUGGCUGACCCCUACGAGGUCACGGUGAUGCAAGACUUCUUCAUCGACCUGCGACUGCCGUACUCUGUGGUGCGCAAUGAGCAAGUGGAGAUCCGAGCUGUGCUCUACAAUUAUCAGGAUGUGGGGGAGCUCAAGGUGAGGGUGGAAAUGCUCUACAACCCAGCCUUCUGCAGCCUGGCCACUGCCAAGAAGCGCUACCAGCAGACUCUGACUAUCCCAGCCAAGUCCUCAGUGGCUGUGCCUUUUGUCAUCGUGCCUCUGAAGGUCGGUCUACAUGAGGUGGAGGUCAAGGCUGCUGUCUACAAUCGCUACAUGAUGGAUGGUGUCAAAAAGACCUUGAGAGUUGUGCCGGAAGGAAUCAGAGUCACCAAAACUGUGGCUGUUCAGACACUGGAUCCACAAAACAAGGGCCACAACGGAGUACAGCGAGAGGAGAUCCACGCCGCCGACCUCAGUGACCAAGUCCCAGACACAGAUUCAGAGACGAAGAUCCUUCUGCAAGGGACCCCGGUGGCUCAGUUGGCAGAGGACGCCAUUGACCCGGAACGGCUGAAGCACCUCAUCGUGACCCCAUCGGGCUGCGGGGAGCAGAACAUGAUAGGAAUGACACCCACCGUCAUCGCCGUGCAUUACCUGGACCAAACCGGGCAGUGGGAGAAGUUCGGCCUGGAGAAGAGGCAGGAAUCCUUGAAGCUCAUCGAAAAGGGGUACUCCCAGCAGCUGGCCUUCAGACAAGACAACGCGGCUUUCUCGGCCUUCCUGAACCGGAAGCCCAGCACCUGGCUGACAGCCUACGUGGUCAAGGUCUUCUCUCUGGCCGCCAACCUCAUUGCCAUCAACUCCCAGGUCCUCUGCGGGGCUGUCAAAUGGCUGAUCCUGGAGAAGCAGAAGCCUGACGGGGUCUUCCAGGAAGAUGGGCCCGUAAUUCACCAAGAAAUGACUGGUGGAUUCCGGGAGAAUGUGGAGAAGGAUGUGUCCCUCACAGCUUUUGUUCUCAUUGCGCUGCAAGAGGCUAAAGAUUUUUGCAACGAUCAGGUCAACAGCCUGGAGCACAGCAUCAGUAAGGCAGGAGAUUAUCUUGAAGCCCACUAUAAGAACCUGCGGAGACCAUAUUCUGUGGCCAUUGCUGGCUAUGCCCUGGCCCAGUCAGGCAAGCUGGAGAAUGACCUCCUCGAAAAAUUUCUGAGCACAGCCAAAGAAAGAACAAGGUGGGAAGAGCCUGGCAAGAAGCUCUACAGCGUGGAGGCCACAUCCUAUGCCCUCUUGGCCCUGUUGUUGCUCAAAGACUUUGACUCUGUACGUCCCGUCGUGAACUGGCUCAAUGAGCAGAGAUACUACGGAGGUGGCUAUGGCUCCACGCAGGCCACCUUCAUGGUGUUCCAAGCCUUGGCCCAAUACCAGAAGGAUGUCCCUGACCACAGGGACCUGAACCUGGAUGUGUCCAUUAACCUACCCAGCCGCAGCUCUGCCAUCAAGUACACCAUCCUCUGGGAAUCUGCUAGCCUCCAGCGGUCAGCAGAGACCAAGAUAAAUGAGGACUUUGUAGUAACAGCUAAGGGAAAAGGACAAGGCACCUUGUCGGUGGUGACAACGUACCAUGCCAAGCUCAAAAUCAAACACACCUGCAAGAAGUUUGACCUCAGGGUGGAUAUACGAAGAGCUUCUAAAGACGUCAAGAGGCCUCAGGGAGCCCUGGACACCAUGAUCCUUGACAUCUGUACCAGGUACCUGGGAGACAAGGAUGCUACCAUGUCGAUCCUGGAUAUAUCCAUGAUGACUGGCUUUUCUCCUGACACUGGUGACCUUGACCUGUUGAGCAAUGGCAUCGACAGAUACAUCUCUAAAUAUGAGAUGAACAAGGCCUUUUCCAAUAAGAACACCCUCAUCAUCUACCUGGACAAGAUCUCACAUGACCAAGAGGACUGUCUGACCUUCAAAGUGCACCAGUAUUUCAACGUGGGCCUUAUCCAGCCCGGGUCGGUCAAGGUGUACUCCUACUACAACCUGGAUGAGAAUUGCAUCCGGUUCUACCACCCAGACAAAGAAGACGGUUUACUGAGCAAGCUCUGUCACAAGGACAUGUGCCGCUGUGCUGAGGAGAACUGCUUCAUGCACCAGGUGGAUGAAAAGGUCACCCUAGACGAGCGUCUGGACAAGGCUUGUGAGCCAGGAGUCGACUACGUGUACAAGACCCGGCUUCUCAAGAAGGAGCUGUCAGAAGACUUUGACGAUUACAUAAUGGUCAUUGAGCAGGUCAUCAAAUCAGGCUCUGAUGAGGUGCAGCCUGGACAGGAACGCAGGUUCAUCAGCCACAUCAAGUGCAGAGAAGCCCUGAGGCUGCAGGAAGGGAAACACUACCUCAUGUGGGGCCUCUCUGCCGACCUGUGGGGAGAGAAACCCAAUGUCAGCUACAUCAUCGGGAAGGAUACCUGGGUGGAGCUGUGGCCAGAAGUUGACGAAUGCCAAGAUGAGGAGAAUGAGAAGCAGUGCCAAGACCUGGCCAACUUCACUGAGAACAUGGUUGUCUUUGGCUGUCCCAACUGACCCCCCAGAGCCCCCCAAUAAAGCUUCACUUAAAGUUC